GUUUUAUUGUUCACAGGAGCUAUCUGUCUGAUCAGUGUUUAUGGCACCCAUCAUAAUCCAGAUGUGUGGCCUAAUCCAGAGGUGUAUGACCCCAUGCGAUUUGACCUAGACAACCAGAAACGACGCUCCCCAUAUGCUUUUGUUCCAUUUUCCGCUGGACCAAGGAAUUGUAUCGGUCAGAACUUUGCCAUGGCGGAGAUCCGUGUGGUUCUGGCACUUACUCUCAGAAGAUUCAGGGUUCUUCCAGGGUCCAGAUCUCCAAGUCGUCUUUAUAUGCUCACAAUGAGAGCAGAGGGGGGGCUGCCUCUAACACUGGAACCCCUGUCACCAGCACAAAGCUGAAAC